UUCAGAGUGAAUAUAUGAGCAUAAAACGGUUCAAACGCCACUCCUAGUUAGAGGGGAGGAUGGCGCAUCGACGUACCCCACCUGAGCUGUCCCAGAGGACAGAGUACCUGGAACCUGAUAAUGAUUCCGACAGGGACUCUGGUGUUGGGGAUGAUGCAGGGGAGGAUGCUGACAGUUGCCAUGGAAGCACGGUAACAGAAGAGGAGAAGGUCAACACGCAAGAUGGCAGCGAAGAAAACAUUGGAGAGGGGGAAGAUUUUACAGUUUUUGUUGCCUUUCAAGGGAAUAUGGAGGAUGAAGAUUUCACACAAAAACUUGACUCUAUCCUCAGUGGGAUACCAGACAUGCUCGAUAUGGGCUCUGAGAGGCUCCAGCCACAGCAUGUGGAGCCGUGGAACAGUGUGCGAGUUACCUUCAACAUUCCUCGGGAUGCUGCUGAGCGACUCCGACUGCUGGCCCAGAACAACCAGCAGCAGCUCAGAGACCUGGGGAUUCUCUCUGUGCAGAUAGAAGGGGAAGGGGCCAUCAAUGUGGCUGUGGGACCAAAUAGAGGACAAGAAGUCAGAGUGAAUGGACCAAUUGGAGCACCUGGCCAGAUGAGAAUGGAUGUUGGCUUUCCAGGUCAGCCUGGUCCAGGAGGGGUAAGGAUGGCUAACCCAUCGAUGGUUCCCCCUGGCCCUGGCAUGGCAGGUCAAGCUAUGGUACCAGGCAGCAGUGGACAGAUGCAUCCUCGUGUUCCAAGACCAUCUUCACAGACAGGUUCAGAUGUGAUGGAGCCAAUGAUGCCAGGUAUGUCGGUUCAGCAGCAACAGCAACUUCAGCACCAACAGGCUGGUCCCCAUGGCCCUGGCCCAAUGCCUCCUCAGGCUGCCCAUCACAUGCAGGCCCUGCAAGCCGGGAGACCGCUCAACCCCGGUGCACUGCAGCAGUUACAGCAUCACCAACAGCAACAGGCCCAACAGCAAGCUCAGCUCUCCCAGCUUGGACCUAGACCUCCAUUUAACCCAUCAGGCCAGAUGGCUGCGCCUCCUGGAUGGAACCAGUUGCCCCCUGGGGUGCUUCAGCCACCAGCCGCCCAAGGAGGCCCUGCCUGGAGAAAGCCCCCACCCCAAGCCCAAAUGGUUCAACGUCCACCCUCACUUGCAACAGUUCAGACUCCCAGCCACCCUCCACCCCCUUACCCAUUCGGCAGCCAGCAGGCUGGGCAGGUAUUCAAUGCCAUGGGACAGGGACAGUUACAGCAACAACAGCAGACAGGAGUGGGUCAGUUUGCCGCCCCCCAGCCUAAAGGCCCACAAGCUGGCCCUGGUGGUGUCGUGGGACCGCCCAGACCUCCUCCACCCCUUCCACCAACUUCUGGGCCACAGGGCAACCUCACUGCCAAGUCGCCUGGUUCCUCCUCGUCUCCUUUUCAGCAGGGUUCACCAGGGACUCCUCCCAUGAUGGCUCAGAGACCUACAACUCCACAGGGUUUUCCCCAGGGAGUUGGAUCACCAGGAAGAGCAGCCCUCGGCCAACAGGGUAACAUGCAACAAGGAUUUAUGGGAAUGCCCCAGCAUGGACAGCCUGGGGCCCAAGUUCACCCAGGCAUGCAGAAGCGUCCCAUGGGCUUUCCAACCCAAAACUUUGUCCAAGGUCAGGUGAGUGCCAGCACUCCAGGAACCCCUGGUGGAGGACCCAGUCAGCAGCUACAGAGCAGUCAAGCGAUGACUCACACAGGAGCUCAGCCAUCAGCCUCCACACCAAACUCAAUGCAGGGUCCACCUCAUGUCCAACCCAACAUUAUGGGUGUGCAAAGUAGCAUGGCAGGUCCACCCCCUGGUACAACUGCUGGGCCUAGUAUGGGGCAGCAACAGCCUGGUCUCCAGACCCAGAUGAUGGGCCUCCAGCAUCAGGUCCAGCCCGUGUCCUCCUCCCCCAGCCAGAAGGUUCAAGGCCAGGGUGGAGGUCAAACUGUCCUCUCAAGGCCCCUUAGUCAAGGGCAGAGGGGAGGGAUGACCCCACCCAAGCAGAUGAUGCCUCAGCAAGGCCAGGGGGUGAUGCAUGGGCAGGGUCAGAUGGUUGGAGGCCAAGGGCACCAGGCCAUGCUCAUGCAGCAGCAACAGCAACAACAGCAGCAAAACUCCAUGAUGGAACAAAUGGUUAACAAGCAGGCAUUUGGAGGCAAGAUUCCAGCUGGGGUCAUGCCUGGCCAGAUGAUGCGUGGCCCUUCUCCAAACGUUCAAGGUAACAUGGCUCAGUUCCAGGGCCAGGUUGGCCCACAGCAGAUGACUCCACAACAGCAACAACAAAUGGCUCAACUCCAACAGCAGCAGUUACAACAGCAGCAGCAGCACCAGUUGCAACAGCAACAGCUGCAGCAGCAGCAGCAGCAACAACAACACCAGCAGAUGAACCAGCAACAGCCCCAACAGGUUCCUAUUGCUGGCAAUCCUAAUCAAGCUAUGGGCAUGCAUGGGCAACAGAUGAGGCUCCCUGCUGGUCAUCCACUUGUCCAACAGCAGUUGCAACAGUUGCAGCAGCAGCAGCAGAAACAACAGCAACAGCAACAGGCCAUGUUGCAACAGCAACAACAACAACAACAGGCAGCUCAACAACACCCACAUCCUUUGGGAGAUCCUAAUAGUGGGACAGGGGACUUGGGGGUUCAACAGAUGGUCCCUGAUAUGCAGGCGCAGCAGCAAGGCAUGAUGGGGGGCCCUCAGCACAUGCAGAUGGGAAAUGGCCAUUUUGCAGGUCAUGGCAUGAACUUUAACUCACAGUUCCAAGGUCAGAUGCCAAUGGGGGGACCCUGUGGACAGCCUGGUGGCUUCCCUGUCAGCAAGGAUGUAACACUGACUAGCCCACUGUUGGUUAACCUGCUGCAGAGUGAUAUCUCCGCCAGCCAGUUUGGGCCAGGAGGAAAACAGGGAGCAGGUGGGGGCAAUCAGGCCAAACCCAAAAAGAAGAAACCUGCACGGAAGAAGAAACCCAAAGAGGGAGAGGGACAACAACAAGUAGAGGGACUUGGUGGUCUUGAUGCAGCUGCUGGCAUGGAGGAUUCCGAACUCCCAAACCUCGGUAGUGAACAGAGUUUGGGUUUAGACAACUCUGGCCCAAAACUCCCUGAUUUUGCCAACAGGCCUCCAGGCUUUCCUGGCCAACCUGGAGACCAGAGAGUGUUGCAGCAAGUACCCAUGCAGUUUAUGCAACAGCAGCAGCAACAGCAGCAACAGCAGCAGCAGCAACAACAACAGCAAAUACAGCAACAACAACAGCAAAUACAGCAACAACAGCAAAUACAGCAACAACAGCAAAUACAGCAACAACAGCAAAUACAGCAGCAACAGUUACAACAACAACAGCAGCAGUUGCAACAGAUACAGGGUCUCCAGAAUGCUCAAGGGCAGCAGGGGAUGACUGGGCCACAGACUGCGGGUCAAGGCCAGCCCCAAAUGCACCCUCAUCAGCUGCAGCAACAACAGCAGCAGCAGCAGCAGCAAACUCAACAGCCACACCUGCAACAGCAGCAACAACAGCAGAUGAUAAUGAUGCUGAAAAUGCAGGAGCAGGCAAAGAAUCGAAUGUCCAUCCCUCCAGGGGGCCAGCUACCUCCUCGGGGAAUGGGCAAUCCACCUGAGGUGCAGAGGCUUCCUGUAUCACAGCAAGGCAAUAUGCCUGUAAUGAUCAGCCUUCAAGGACAUGGGGGAGUACCGCCAUCACCUGACAAAGCCAGAGGGAUGCCCCUGAUGGUGAACCCACAGCUUGCAGGCGCUGCACGAAGAAUGUCCCACCCUGAAGUGGGGCAAGGUCCCCAAGCCACUGGAUCUGAAGACUCCUCUGGAGGGGCCCACUCGAAGCAGGAGAGGCCUGGUGGCCCAGAAAUUGGGGUACAGCCUGGAAAUGGCAACCAACAGAUGAUGGCCAAUCAGGGUUCCAACACUCACAUGAUGAAGCAAGGGCCUGGUCCAUCAUCAAUGCCCCAGCACACUGGAGCCAGUCCCCAGCAACAGUUACCCACUCAGCCUCAACAAGGAGGCCCCAUACCUGGCCUUCAUUUCCCCAAUGUCCCCACAACCUCACAGAGUUCCAGGCCCAAAACCCCCAACAGAGCCAGCCCCAGGCCGUACCACCACCCCCUCACCCCAACUAAUCGUCCACCUAGUACUGAACCCUCCGAAAUCAACCUUUCACCUGAGAGGCUAAAUGCCUCUAUUGCAGGGCUGUUUCCACCCAAAAUCAACAUUCCUCUGCCUCCCAGGCAGCCUAACCUAAACAGGGGGUUUGACCAGCAAGGUCUUAACCCAACAACUCUGAAAGCCAUUGGGCAGGCCCCUCCUAGCCUAACUCUACCAGGCAACAACAACAAUGGCAGUGUGGGUGGAAAUAACACUAACAACAAUCAACAGCCCUUUUCCACUGGUACUGGAGCAGGAGGUGCAGGCACUAAACAGGACAAGCAGUCUGGAGGGCAGAGUAAGCGGGCAAGUCCAAGCAAUAGUCGGAGGUCAAGUCCAGCCUCUAGCCGCAAGUCAGCCACCCCAAGUCCAGGGAGACAAAAGGGGUCAAAGAUGGCAAUCGCCUGCCCUCCCCCCCAGCAGCAGUUGGUCAACCCUCAGGGGCAAACCAUGAUGCUAAACCCUACCUCAGUACCCCCAAGUCCAGUAUCUAUGCCUUCACAAGUGAGUGGUGGCAUGGAGGCACAGCAGACCCAGAGCUCCUUCCAUGGAACACAAGGAAACCCUGUUGAGGGAGUCCGGGAAAGUCAGGGCAUGAUGACAGCAGAGCAGAGACAGAUGCCUCAGCCUCAACCGCUGCAACAGCCUUUGAGGGAGUUAUCAGCUCCUAGAAUGGCAAGUCCUCGUUUCCCAGCACCUCAGCAGCCUAAACCUGACUUAGAAAUGCAGGCUGGCACAGGUGAUAGGCAGCCAGCCCACGCAGCACCUAUGCAGGACUCGGAGGUCUCACCUACUCUCAGGACAGCUCCAACCUCCCUCAACCAGUUACUGGAUAACACGGGUAUCCCAAACAUGCCUCUUAGGCCCAUACAGAGUAAUACUGUUAGGGAUGUCAUGGGAAAGGACAGCCCCAAGUCUGCUUUGGAUCCGGAGAGACCACUCCACAGUAAUUCCCAGAAUACAGAUAUGUCAGCUUCUGCUGCGACUACUGCCACUAUAAAUGAAUCAGAAGCUAAACCCAAACCUGCUGUUUCAAUCCCUACCAGCAGUCCUAAUUUGCAGCCUGCUUCAGUUCCCAGCUUGCACCCUAGCACUAAUGUAAACUCCAAUACUACCCCCAGCCUUAACCAAAGCCCCAUCUCCAGUCUUGGCGCCAAUCCCAGUCCAAAUGUAAACCCAACACCUACUCUCUGCCCCACCCUCAGUACUAACACUAAUGCCACAAUGAGUGUAAGCCCCAACUCAGUCACUUCUGGUCAGAGCAGUCCUGCCUCAACUGUUAGUACCAGUUCUAACUCCAGCUCUGCUCUAAAUCCAGCCAGUUUGGCUCUAAAACCAAGCCCUAGUCCUAAACCUGUGACAAGCGUUCACUCAGUCAUACAGAUCCCUGCCUCUUCUAGCACCAUUUCCCCCAACCAGAUUACAGUGUUUGUGACCUCCAACCCCAUCACCUCUGCCCCUACUCCCCAGGCACCCACAUCUAUGGUUUCCACCAUGGUAGCUGUCCCUAACAAGAACAUUAGACCUCAGGACAUCCGGCAGCAGGCCCCCGUCACCCGACCUCCUCAGUUUAUCACCACCACCCCUGUAUUUAUCAACCCAAUUUUCCAGGUCCCAGGUGCAUCUGUGGCUCCCAAUCCCACAGUGGUAUCACAGGCAGUCACCAUGAUGGGGCCAAUUCAAGUAUCCACUACAAACAUUCAACUUUCUCCUGCCCCAAGCUCCACCCAGUCCUCAGGGGCCACCAUGACUAGCACUCAGCCCGCCAGAAGUGCUGCUGGACAGGUCCAGGUUGCCACUAGUAUGCCCUCAUCGGCACCAAUUGGUACCCUCCCAGCUCCUCAGCAAAUUAAUCCGGGGGUUCUCAAAACAGAAAAUGUAGGUGAUGCAGGUCCUGCUCAGAAAACUAGUCCCCCGGUUCAGCAGCCAUCUCCCCAUCCAAGCCCUGCAGCAUCGUCUCCCUUUCAGCCUCCUCUGGCUUCUCCUCCUCCUUGCUCUAGUCCUGGAGCUGUUAACACAAUCCGAAAGAGCCCUAUGUCUCCACCUCCAGCUGCCCAGGUGAAAAGUAAACCUGCACAGGCCGCUCCAGUUGUUGCUGGUACAGCUGACUCUCAGCAGAGUCCUGUAGAAAGGCCUGCACAGGGGCCCACUGGGGCUGUGCCACCACAGGUUUUUCAUCCUCCCGCUAGUCCUGCCAUUCAGAGUGAAGCAUUAGCUCCCCAUACUACUGCUGCUGCUCAAAACAACAUUACUCUGCCUGCAGUCUCCUCUCCAGUCCCAGUGCCUGGCCAAGUUGCUGUUCCUACUCAGAUUGUUACCCAGGCUCCAGUGUCUGCACCAGCUUCAGUCUCAAGCCCAGCCCAGCCUGUAACUUCUCAAGCUCCUAUUGUCACGGUAGUUGGUACUACCACAGGUGUCACUUCUGCUACCUUGCUCUCUACGGUUGCUCCUGUACAAAGUCCUGUAUCGUCCAUUGUUCCAAUUGUUGCUGGAUCUGGGCCUGUUCAGGAGGUUCCCUCCACCACGUCCUCUCCAGUUGCUAACCCCAGCGGAGUUCCGCCUGCUCAGUCUGACCCCCCGCCUAUGGAGCCCUCUGUGCCACCAGCGGCAGCACCUGCUGAAACCACUCAGACCACCCCAGUACCUAUUCAACAAGAAGUCCCACAGUCCCAGGAACCUGUUGCCAGUGAGAAGACCGGUGAAGAGGUCUCGACAGGUUCUGAGCAGGGAUGGGCAAAGAAAAGAAAGACGCCCAUCAACUUAGUCCCAAGAGCUGCUGUGGAGAAGCCCAAGGGACCGAGCAGACGCAGCUCCCGGGCAGAGAAGGAGGUGGAGGAGGAGCCAGUAGCGGACAGUGGCAUUAGGAAGAGAUCAGCCAGGCCUGGAACCAGUGCUGCUGUAAAAGAAACUGGAGCAAGCCCCACCCAGGCCAAACGAAGGAAGUCUAAAUAGCCUGUGAACUGUACUGUAAAUGUUUUUGUUUCCCCGCUGUGAAUCAGUUGAUCUAUCGGUUUCUCUGUCCCAGAUUAUGAAUUUUCACUGGAGGAAGAAACCAAUGUACAGAUUGUUUAAAAAGAAUUAUGCUAUUGUUUUGUCCAUGCUAUUAUGUGAGAUUGUAGUUAGAAUGUGUGCAUACAAGUAUGUGUUUGUGUGAAUGUGCUUUUUAUAUUAAAUGCUGGAUUAAUCAUGUGAAGACUGAUAAUGGAGCUUGUCAUGAUUGUAUAAUUAUGUUGUAAAACUGAAUUAAAUUUUCUACUGCUUUUUGGUCUGUGAAA